AUGGCUCACGAGGAAGAAAGCGAUUGCUUCGGAGAAAAGCUGUUGAAGAAACCGAAACGGAUCAGAACAAGAGUAGACGCCGGAGAGCCAAGGAACGCUUACUCGGCCUUCAGUAGUUUGCCCAACUUGUGUGGUGUUAGUGUCAAUGCAGUCAGGCCGGGAAGUGCUCCUAACCUCUUCAGUGCAAGUCAAUCCUUUUGUGGACUACCGUUUGUGAACUAUUUCAACCCCCCGCCCACGGUGGGUUCGCGCGGUAUGCUAAGUGAGUUGUUCGGCGCCCACACCAAGCCCGUGGCGCCCAUCCCGCCCGAAGACACAGUGAGCACCAUGGGCGUGCUGGACAAAGUGACCAGUUCGAGCGUGCACAGUGCCGAUGCAGUGAACUCAGUGAUCAGAGGCCCCGAAGCAGAUAACGUGCUCUUAAGGGAAAUACUGCAGGGACGGAAGCGCGACUUGCUCACCAUGGAGGAGCUGGAGGCCGCGCGGUCCUUGCACAACAAUAAUAACAGUUACAAAGGUGCGACAGACACAGUGGAGGCCUCGACCGACGAGACCACCACGCCGACGGGGCGCGCCGAGAGCGUGACGGCCGAGGACGGGCGCUGCGAGUCCGAGGCGGAGGAGGCCCUCAGCCAGGCCAACAGCCCGCGCGCGGACUCGCCGGAGCCCAGGAAGCGCCUCGAGAACAUCGUCAGCGUGAUCCACUCCUCCCCCACCCCCAACGCCACCCCCGUCAAUGGCUGCAAGAAGCGCAAGCUAUACCUGCCGCAGCAGCACGAGACGAGGCCCAGCUACGACUCGCAGACGGAGGAGGGCGAGGGCGCCGCCGAGCCCGACAACAAGACGAGACGGCUGGAGGAGGAGGAGGAGCAGAGCGAGGGGCGCGUGGCGGAGGCCGGGGAGGAGGGAGGCCUACAGAUCGACCUCAGCGUGCGCCGCCGGACGCCCGACCCUCAGCGACCUCCUUCGCCGAAACCGCCUACCUCCACGUCGUCCGACUCGAACGACGCCUCGUCCUACCUCCUCGACUACGCCCAGCGCCUCAUCCGCAACCAGGAGGCGAGACUGCAGCGCGAGAACGACCUCAAGAACACCACAGACCUGUCGGAGAAGCUGCAGCUGCUGCGGAACAUCAGCAUGGGCUCGCAGGUGACCGACCUGGAGGGCCUGGCGGACGUGCUCAAGACGGAGAUCACGGCGUCGCUGGCCGUCAUCAUCGACACCAUCGUGAACAAGUACGUGCAGCAGAGGAAGCUCCUGACCAAGCAGGCCGAGGUGGCCGCCGAGCAGCUCAACCGGGACAUCGCCUCGCAACUCAUGGAACGGUCCCGCUCCCCCAGGUCACAGAAGAUGCCCGACCGCAUGCCCCCACAGAUGCCCCGGGUCAACGGCAUCCCCAACCCCCACGGCCCCCUCAACCUCUCGCCCUACCCCGGCGGCGAGAACGCCCUCAACCUCAACCACCUCCGCCCCCCUCUCUACAAGCCCCCCCACGGGUUCUUCCACGGCAACAUGCCCCCCAUGGGCGGCAUGAUCCCCACGGGCCAGACGUCGCCCUACGGCGGCCUCGAGCCCGAGCAGGACGAGGCCCUCCCGCUGGUGGUGACGCCCAAGAAGAAGCGCCAUAAGGUGACCGACUCUCGCCUCACGCCCCGCACGGUGGGUCGCCUCCUUGAGGACUUCCCGCGAUACGGCCCCCUGCCCUCGAUGGGGGGAGGCGGCCCCAACUCCCCUCGCAGCUCCCCGCCCCCACCGCCACUCCACCACCCACAUCAACGCCCUACCUCCUUCCCACAGCCUCCACCUCUUCUGCCAGUCUCACUGCCUACCUCCGUAGCCAUCCCCAACCCCUCCUUACACGACACGGGCCUUUUGUACCCCAACUAUUACGGGCAUCGGUCGUCACCUCCCAUGGACCGGCGCGAGGAGUCUCCUGCAGGGCCUCCGCCUCCUCACCCGCAUCCUCUCCUGCACCCGGCGCUGCUGGCGGCAACCUCACCAGACUCCUUCUCCCGCUUCCUCCACGGAGGCGACCACGACCGGGCAUCAGACUGUUCGCCCGCCGACACACACUAUGAUGGAGUCCAGCCUACUAUAUCCUUUUAUGCAGCUGAACAUAGAAUACAAAACCAUUCUGCAAAUCUCAACAUGAUUCAACCCUCAACCCUCACUGAUGGUUGGAAUUCAACGCACUCCAGCACCCUGACGCCGAUGCAUCUACGCAAAGCCAAGCUCAUGUUCUUCUUCGUCCGGUAUCCCUCAUCUUCGGUGCUCAAGACUUACUUCCCGGACAUUAAAUUCAACAAGAACAACACAGCGCAACUCGUCAAGUGGUUCUCCAACUUCCGGGAGUUUUAUUACAUCCAGAUGGAGAAGUACGCACGGCAAGCCAUCAGCGAGGGCACCAAGUCAGCCGAUGAGGUGGUCGUCAACAUGGACGCCGAGAUCAUUCGCGCGCUGAACCUCCACUACAACCGCAACAACCACCUCGAGCAGAUCCCGGAGCACUUCCGGUACGUGGUCGAACAGACGCUGCGGGAGUUCUUCAAGGCGAUUCAGGAGCAGAAGGACCAGGAGCAGUCGUGGAAGAAGGCCAUCUACAAGGUGAUCGCGCGGCUGGACGAACCCGUGCCCGAGUACUUCAAGUCUCCGACCUUUCUGGAGCAGCUGGAGUAGCGGCGCCCGACAGCCCCGGGCGGGCCGCCGCCAGGAUUAGUGCCCGCAGCCGGUGGCACCAGCUGCCUCAGACGCAGCCCCGACACCAGCUGCCCCUUCGGCAGCACCACCUAGAAGAUAGAGAUUCUGUAUAUACCAGUGACUGAGCAGCCUAAGGCUGGACUAUCAGAGGAAGACAUGUUCAAGAGAAGGCUAAGAUGGAGGACUGUUUAUGGGCAUUCUUUUAUUAUUAUCAUGAUACAAAUAUUGAAGGUGCAUGUCUCAAAUUUUGUCCAAAUGUUCUAGCCUUGAUUUAUUGUGAAUAUCUAUGAGACAAAGCAUUUGUGCCUUUCCAUGCCUUCCAGUAACAAUGAUGAGAUCUUUCCGACAGCCCAAUGUACCCAAUUUGUAUAUAGUUUAGUUCUGUUUCCCUUGUUUUGGUUGAACCUCGUGCCAGAGGAAGAACUGUGAACCCGCGGCCAUGUGAGCCCACCUGGGCGCUCUGCCAUAGCCCCGACCACCGGCCAGGACCCUCUCGGGGGCCCCCUACCUGGUGUCGGGGCCCCCUCCCUCCCCUCACACCCUCGCCACCGGGGGCUCGUCCCCCCUACUGUCUGCACCGCACCUCUCCUGUGCGCGCGCUCGUCCGCGCGUACGAGUCUCCUAGUCACUUGCUAGCUACCCAGGUCCUAGUUUUAUUUUUAAUCUUGUUUUAUUUUGAUUUUUUUGCACUGAUUCUCAAUUAAGGCUCCUAGUUCUAAGUCAUGCAUGUAGGAUAGUUGUUGAUGGUGGUUCAAAGUUACCAAUUUAAAAUAGCAAACCACACAGUCAAGCCCAUUCACUCCAUAGUCUGGCCCCAGGUGCACGCGCUGGCCGGGCCCACAGCGGGCGGCGGCGGCGGCGCCCCUGUCCUCGCAGCCACGCCCACAGUACAAGAGGACGUCGCUGGCCCGCCCGCGCCCGCCCCCUUCCCAACGCCCCCCCCCCUCCCUCCUCUCACCACAAGAAGGCAAUACCCCAAGUCACAGACACUUGCUCACAACCACCUGUGCUAGGCGAGCAUAAGACAAACCAAAGUGGCCUUGCUUUGUGGUGGUCGUUAACUCUAAGUCUGUUACAUAACCCAAAAAUUAAAAAAAAAAAAAAAGUACGACUGCAAGAAGACAUCGUAUGUGAGAUCUAGUCACAUUAAUGAAUCUCUGGUCACGUGAGGUUGUUGACCAAAGGCAUAAUCAGUUCCCUAUGUUGAGAAACCAGACCCAAAGGACGUAUAUCAAAGCGAUCUCGGAUUCGGAGAUCUGAACUAACCCAUUCUUCCUUGUUUUUAUUUUCCCGCGUAGUGCAGUCUGCUCUACUAUCAAACCUCCUCUUGCAAUGGUCAUGGGGUCUCUUGUUUUUAGAAGCUGUAGAUAGAAAACCUCUCAGAAGAAAGAAAAAUGUCUAUCUCGGAGCUCUCCACUCAUGCAAUUUAUUUCUUAUUACAAAACCAAAAAAAAGACACGAACAAUUAUAUUAUCAUGUCAAGACAAAAACAAAUGUAUUAGCAGAAGUCACAAGUGGAUUUUUGUUGGUGUAGUCCAGUUGGUGUAACUUCCCCUCCCUCGUCAUAUUUCCCGCGUUAUAGCGUCUACACUGAAGACCCAGCUGUUUGGUGUUUGUCUGUCAGUGUAGGAGGGGAAUCUCCACCACACUCAGUACAGUUCAAUGUUCUUUGUCAGUACAGUUGUGUGAACAUGCAGAGGUAGUUGGCAGUGUGUUGUCUCUGGCAGGCUAUUACGCUCAUGUUCCAG